AUUUUCUUCUAUAAAACGUUUACUAUAAAUGCUAAAAUUACCAUUAUUUCUAAUUUUAUUUAAUUUAAUGGAGAAUGAAGCUGGAAUCAUUAAAAUUUGAUACACAUGAGCAGUAAUGUGUCAACUGUAACUGGUCAAAUUUCAUCUAUCGCAAAUUUUUACUGUAAUAAAAGACUUAAUAUCUUACUUCGGAUCAAAUCCUUUGCUAGAAGAGUUAGAUUCCGCUGUAAACUACACAACCAAAUUCUAUACCCAAAUAUUAUUAAUGGUAAUAAUUCGAAUAAUCUUAUAAACAAGGAAUUUAAUGAAAAGAAGCUGAUUGAAGACCCAAUUGACUACCAGAAAAUUACUGAGUUUAUGGUAGAAGAUUUAGUAUCAAAGUGUUCCUUCCUCUCAAACCACGACUUAAUAUUAAUUCUAGACCUUUUAACGAGGAUUAAGAAACCCCUAGGGAAAAUUUGCUAUUAUCAAGUUGAAAACAGUUCUCACUCUUAUUCUCACAAUGACAAACUGGAACCUGUAGUCAAAACUAAUUUAAAGACCAACGGAAUCAUUUCCAAGGGUCAAAGAACUCUUCUGAAGUACCUUUUUCAAUCUGAGGAAAACAAGACUUUAACUGAUAAUGAACGGUAUUAUAUGAUAAUUGCUCUUUCCAGAGAAUGCAGAUUAAUACCAUUUUCAAGUUGGCUUAAGCUUUUUGAGAAUGUUCUUCACUCACUAAUAACAAAACAACCUGAGUCGCUAUAUGGUCACAAACCAUUCCAAAUAGCAAAUUUACUGCUUAUUUACGAUCAAAUUUCCAGAUAUACUCACAAAAAGCAAAGUAGUCUGUUCAAAAAUGUAAACUAUUCUUCAAAUGAUGCUGAGGUUGAGAUAAGUAAAGGACAACUCAAGACACUUGAAACAGAUUUACAGAUAGGUAAUACUGAAAGGAGAAUAUCAAACCCUUUUAAGUUGGACUUAAUUAACACUUCAAUUUAUAGACUAGAGUCAUGUUUGGCAGGACUCAAACCUGAAAAACUUAUAAAAAUAUUAUACUUAAUUAACUCGAGACAGAGUUAUUCUAACAAUUUUUUCCAGAAUAGUCUUAUUCAUUUGGAAUCCGGUGACUUAAUAAGAAGCCUUAAGACUUCUCAAAUACACACACUUUUCACUAUAUUUUCAAGUGCUUAUAAGUUUCACUUCCCAUCACUUAUUGAAUCUUUGAAUUAUGAAAUUCAAUUUCUAACAGAUAGGCCUUCCAUUUCACCAUUCUCAUCCAAAGAAAUAUCAACAUCUAACUUGAUCAGUGAUAGUCUAUGUGAAAAAUCCGUUCUUAACGUUAGGGAUCAAGGGGAUAAGUUGUGUGAGACUAAUGACUUUAACGAGGCUCUGAACAAGUAUAAAAAGCUAGAAUCAAUUUGUUUAUGUGUUAUGAUUCUUACUUUGGAGUAUAUAACUAGACUUAAAGACCCAAACUCUCAUUCUCUUUCCAAUUUAAAAAAUUUAACCUUUACAACUCAACAAAUAUUUGGAGAAGAACAUGAAUGGAACGACCUUUUAUUAAUUUUAGGUAAGAAGACCAGGAAUCUCGAAGCAUCACUUACACAUUCAGAGAUCACUAAGGAAAUGACUAACGAAUUUCAUAGUAAACUGGAAAAUCUCAUUGAAUACAAUCAAUUUUUAGUUAAAAUUUUUAAAAUUGAGCCCAAAUACGAGAACUAUAUGCAACGAGUUCAGUUUUUCGUUGAUUUUUUCUCAUGUGUAAAGCCGCACACCUCUGAGUCCUUAAAUUUGAACAAAAACUUGCUACAAACUGAUUCCUGCUUAUUAAAUUAAAAACGACAAAUGUUUACACCUUAAAAUAUUAAAAAACACUGUAAAUUACUUUUUAAAGGAAAAUUUACUGGCUAUCUAACAACAACACCUUAAAUCCUUCAAUUUCCAAAAUUUUCC